AUCAUCAAAAUCCAUUUGAAAUUUGAAAAAUCUUACCGUUGCAUUCCUUCACUAUAAGAAACCCUUCCUUCACAAUGUAAAUCGCACUAACCCAAACCACUUGUUCUCUUUUAGUAUUCCCUGUUUCUCUCUUCCACCAUGGCUCAGACCGUUGCCGAGAUGACCAUUGGCCCAGUCCCUACAAAAAAGACUAGAAACAACAGAAAGGCACUCAAGGAGAAAAACUCAUCAGCGAAAGAGGCCAACAUCCUGUCCGGGAAGGUCUCCGAGCCCUCACCGAUCCCCGUUCCGCCGGCCGAUAACCCAGAAAAGGAGAACCACGAGAGCCUCUCGCAGCCACGGUCCUCGCCCAAGAAGGGCAAAGCGGCCUCCAAGAAACAGUCAAAGAAGCAACCGCAAUCUUUUGAGAAUGACUUGCUGGAAAUGCAAGAGAAGCUGCAGCAGUUGACACUCGAGAAGGACAAGGCCGAGGAGCUCUUGAAGGCCAAGGAUGAGAUGUUGAAGCAUAAGGAGGAAGAGCUUGAGAACAGAGACCGACAGCACGAGAACCUUCAGAUGGAGUUGAAGAAGUUGCAGAAGUUGAAGGAGUUUAAACCCACGGUGACUUUCCCUAUUAUUGGUCAAUCUCUGGGAGACAAGGAGCAAGACAAGAAAGAGAACAAGAAGAAGGGGUGCCCUGAAAAGAAAAAGCCUUCUCCACCGUACAUCCUAUGGUGCAAAGACAACUGGAAUGAGGCUAAGAAAGAAAAUCCAGAGGCUGAAUUCAAAGAAAUUUCAAACAUUUUGGGAGCGAAAUGGAAGAAUAUCACUGCAGAAGAGAAGAAGCCUUACGAGGAGAAGUAUCAGGCUGAAAAGGAAGUCUAUUUGCAGGUGACUGCGAAGGAGAAGCGCGAGAGUGAAGCUAUGAAGCUCUUGGAGGAGGAGCACAAACAGAAGACUGCUAUGGAAUUGCUUGAACAGUAUCUCCAUUUCAAACAAGCAGCAGCAAAAGAAACCAAGAAGAAGAAGGAUAAGGAUCCAUUGAAACCCAAGCAUCCAAUGUCAUCAUUCUUCUUGUUCACAAACGAUAGGCGAGCUGCACUGCUUGCGGAGAAGAAGAAUGUUUUAGAGGUUGCAAGGAUCACUGGUGAAGAGUGGAAAAACAUGACAGAAGAACAGAAAGGACCUUAUGAAGAGAUGGCAAAGAAGAAUAAGGAAAAGUAUUUGCAAGAAAUGGAAGCUUACAAGCAGAAGAAAGAUGAAGAAGCUGCCAAUCUCAGAAAGGAAGAGGAAGAGCAUAUGAAACUUCAGAAGCAUGAGGCCUUUCAGCUUCUGAAGAAGAAGGAGAAAACUGAGAAUAUAAUCAAGAAAACGAAAGAAAUUCAGCAGAAGAAGAAGCAGCAGCAGAAGGAGGACAAGAAGUCUGACCCUAACAAGCCUAAAAGGCCCGCAUCCUCUUACCUUCUAUUCAGCAAAGAUGCAAGGAAGAAUCUAUUGGAAGAGCGACCUGGGAUUAAUAACUCUACCCUCAAUGCUCUUAUUUCUGUGAAAUGGAAGGAAUUGAAUGAAGUAGAGAGAAAAACUUGGAAUGACAAAGCUGCUGAGGCAAUGGAAGCCUACAAAAAGGAAUUGGAGGACUACAACAAGUCUGCUGCUGCAACCUUGGAUCAGAACCCCUAAAAAUGAAAAGCUUUUUUCGAUAGUUGAAGUUCUAACAGUAGCGUUGACAACUUAGCUAUCAAACUGAUAGCUAAUCUUUGAUAAUGUAGUAUUAUUUGGACUCCUCCAUGGCAACUUGCCUAUCAAACUGAAUGAAAAUCCAGAAGUCCAUUUAU